GUUGCCAGGGUGAUCAGGUGACUCCGCAUUCGCGGCUCUCGGGGAGGUCGUGACGUCAGGCGAGCCCAGUCUCCUCACUCGCUCCUUGGCAGGUGUACUCUGCAGGUCCCUGAUGAACCAAGGGAACCCUCCGCCGUAUCCGGGCCCUGGUCCGACGGCCCCGUAUCCCCCUUAUCCAUCACAACCGAUGGGGCCUGGAGUCUACCCUCCAGGACCUCCAGGGGGACCCUACCCACCUCCUCAGGGCGGGUAUCCCUACCAAGGAUACCCACAGUACGGCUGGCAGGGCGGACCUCAGGAGCCUCCUAAAACCACAGUGUACGUGGUGGAGCGGGAAAGGAAGACGGAAGACAGCGGGUGUCAGGCGGCUCUGGCCGCCUGCUGGGCUGCUCUCUGCUGCUGCUGCCUCCUGGAAAGCCUGGACUGAGCAGCGGAGCCCCGAGUGCCCCCUGCAGGCCCUCUACCUUCUGUUACUGGAAUAAAAAACUAGUGCUGCACA